CGCACGGUGAUUUCCGCCGAAGAAGCGCAGGGAGGCGUGAUGGCGAGGGCCUAGGCGCUUGUUCCCGCGCCGUUGCUAGGCAGCCGCGUUUGGGCACGGGAGGCGGGGGCGGGCUGAUACACGAGGUUAAGGGUGCCGGGGAGAGGCCGUGAUCGCGAACGGCCUGUGAGUGCGGAGGGUGCAGGUGCCGGGCAGAGGGCUAUGGAGCAGUACUGCAUCCUGGGCCGCAUAGGGGAGGGCGCGCACGGCAUCGUCUUCAAGGCCAAGCACGUGGAGACUGGAGAGAUCGUUGCCCUCAAGAAGGUGGCCCUGCGGCGGCUGGAGGAUGGCAUCCCCAACCAGGCCCUGCGGGAGAUCAAGGCCUUGCAGGAGAUCGAGGACAGUCAGUAUGUUGUGCAGCUAAAGGCUGUGUUCCCACACGGUGCGGGCUUCGUGCUGGCCUUCGAGUUCAUGCUGUCGGAUCUGGCUGAGGUGGUGCGCCAUGCCCAGAGGCCCCUGGCCCAGGCACAGGUCAAGAGCUACCUGCAAAUGCUGCUCAAGGGCGUCGCCUUCUGCCACGCCAACAACAUUGUGCAUCGGGACCUGAAACCGGCCAACCUGCUUAUCAGUGCCUCGGGCCAGCUCAAGAUAGCGGACUUUGGCCUGGCCCGGGUCUUUUCCCCAGAUGGCAGCCGUCUCUACACACACCAGGUGGCCACCAGGUGGUACCGAGCCCCUGAGCUCCUGUAUGGUGCCCGGCAGUAUGAUCAGGGUGUCGACCUGUGGGCCGUGGGCUGUAUCCUGGGGGAGCUGUUGAACGGGUCCCCCCUUUUCCCAGGGGAGAAUGACAUCGAACAGCUUUGCUGUGUGCUUCGAAUCUUGGGCACCCCUAGUCCUCAAGUCUGGCCGGAGGUCGCGGAGCUGCCUGACUACAACAAGAUCUCCUUCAAGGAGCAGGCACCCGUGCCCCUGGAGCAGGUGCUGCCUGACGCCUCUCCCCAGGCCUUGGACCUGCUGGGGCGGUUCCUCCUCUACCCUCCACGCCAGCGCAUCGCAGCCUCUCAGGAUAACCCAGGCCUCUUGUUCCUCUGCUCCAGCCUCAUUCGACCACCGUGGUCCUGCUCCCAGCCAGGCCAUCCAGCCCCAGCAGAGGGGACCCUCGGCCUGUGCUAUCAACCUCCCAUCUGUGUGCUGCUAACAGGUCGAUCAGAAGGAGGCAGUGAGUUCCGCUGUCAUGCCCACCAUGGUGCCAGUUCUCUAGUUGCUGCCUUCCUGGUCAGGGAUGGUCCUGGUGGAGCCAUCUGGGGGAGCACUGAGUGUAAGAUGUCCUCAUGUUGGAGACCCAAGUGGAAAGGAAAGUUUGGUUUGAUUUUGUUCUCAAAGACAUUAAACACUAGUUCACUUUUGAGAUUUAUUAUAAAAACCUUGAGUAGUUCUAUGUGAUGUAUGCCCUUCCGUUCUAAUUGAGGGAAGUGGCUGAGGUAGCAUCAUCUCCUGGUCCUUGCUUCUCUGUGGCCACUGGGGAAGUGGCCCUAUUCAUGGCUACUUUAGUCUUGGGGGCUUGCUAGGUGCUUCAUGUGACAGAGCUCCCUUUUGGAGGUGAGGUGGCAGAAUUCAGGGCCCAGGAAUGGCUCAAGUUGGGGACCCAGUAAGUGACCCUCCACAUCUUAAGCUGGUUUACCAACAUCGCCCUCAGGGUAAGGGUGAGGCAGGACCACAUGGGCCUCCUCUUUACUCAGAGAUAUGGGCAAAUAAGACAGACAUUCCUGGAACUCAUCUGUUAAUUCAGUAAAUCCCAA